AUGUUCCCAACACUCGCCUCUCUCCUCGCGUCGGCGAUGCUCGUCACGGCCGCCGUCGACCAAGUGCACCUUGGUCUUACCAACGCCAACGUCGACUGCCCCAACGGCGUCUCGGUCGCCUUUGCGAGCGACGUGAGCAGCCCGCUCUCCGUCUCGUUUGCGACUGCCGGGGCAUCGCCCAAGACCGUCUCGACGACGAUCGACUCGUACAGCGUCACGUCACCAUUGUACAACUACACGUCGCCGUUUCUGCACACGGCGCGGCUCUGUAACCUCGAGGUGAGCACGACGUACACGUAUGCGAUCGACGCCGGGGCUGCGGGGUGCGGGUCAGCGUUUGGCACGUCGUUUGUGACACCGCCGCGCUCGGACGCCGACACACCAACCGUGCUCGGCAUCGUUGGCGACAUUGAUGUGCCCCACAUCACCGAGACACUUGGAAACCUCGCGGCCAGCAAGCCCCAUGGCAUCUUGAUCGCGGGCGACUACGCGUACGCCAACGGCAAGCACGAGCACUGGGACGCGUGGUACCGAGCUGCGCAGCCCGUCUUUUCGUCCAUCCCGACGCUCGGCAUCAGCGGCAACCACGAGACGAUCAAGGGGGGUGGACCCACCAAGCCCAACGACGCCAAGUACGUCUCUGAAAACUACCUCGGGUACAUCCACCGUGCCAACAACCCGGUCUCGGCCGCGCAGAACGCCAAGCUCCGCACGUACUACUCGAUCGACAUUGGCCAUGUCCAUGCGGUCUUUGUCGAUGAUUACGCCGGCACCCGAGGUGACGACAAGAGCGCUGUGGGGACACCGUUUUGGCUCGACGAGCGCAACCUCCAGCGGCAGUGGCUCGAAAACGACUUGGCGGCGGUGGACCGCCAGAAGACGCCAUGGGUCCUCGUCAUCAAGCACAACCCGUACUACAACUCGUGGGACUCGCACCAGUGCCAGUGUGGUCCAACCCGGUUUGAGAUCCCCGAUGCCGACAAGUGCUGGUCUGGCAAGUACGAUGUCACGAGCUCCGGAACGCUGCUCAAGGAACCGCACUGCGCCAACCAGGCCAAGUUGGAAGACUUGUUCGUGCAGCACGGCGUCGACAUGGUGAUUGCGGGCCAUGUGCAUGCGUACGAGCGCACGGCGCCGAUCGUCAAGAAUACAAUCGACACCAAGAACGGCGUGUUGUACCUCUCGACCGGCGCCGGUGGCCGCGACUAUGUGUGCAAGCCCGUCGGGUCGUCUUCGCCGCCGUGGUCGAUCAAGAUGAUUGCCAAGAUUUAUGGCGUCAACAAGGCGAUCGCGACGCGCGAUACGCUCAACGUGACGUGGGUGGCCAAUGCCAACGGCACAGUCCUUGACGCGUUCAUGCUGAAGCGCGUCAAUGGAGUGCGAUCGCUCGUCGAUCUCUCGGGCGGUCUUCCGUCGCCCAUCCCGGACGCGGGUGCCGACUGCGCGAGCGACUAA